AUGACGGAAGAUAAAGAAAAAAGUGGUAGUGAAAAGAGUGAUAGUGAGGAUCAGGGCUCCGAUGAAGAACAGCAAGUUGAAAUUAAAGAGAACCAUGAAGAAGACACUGGGACUUUUCAAGAACUUGGUGUGGUUGACGUCCUGUGUGAAGCUUGUGCAGAGCUGAAAUGGAAACAUCCAUCAAAGAUCCAAAAAGAAGCAAUACCUGUAGCAUUGCAGGGAAAAGACAUCAUUGGCUUAGCAGAAACUGGUUCGGGAAAAACCGGAGCAUUUGCUUUACCUAUACUCCAAGCACUGCUGGAAAAUCCUCAAAGAUACUUUGCUCUCAUUCUUACACCCACAAGAGAAUUGGCAUUCCAAAUAUCUGAGCAAUUUGAAGCUCUUGGUGCCAGUAUAGGUGUGAAGUGCGCAGUAAUAGUUGGAGGUAUGGACAUGGUAGCACAAGCUCUCAUCCUGUCUAAGAAGCCACACAUCAUCAUCGCUACCCCUGGCCGUCUGGUCGACCACUUGGAGAAUACAAAGGGAUUCAAUUUGAAGGCACUUAAAUAUCUCGUGAUGGAUGAAGCGGAUAGAAUAUUAAACAUGGAUUUUGAAGUGGAAGUUGAUAAAAUACUUCGCGUAAUUCCUCGUGAACGUCGCACUUACCUGUUCUCAGCGACUAUGACCAAGAAAGUGCAAAAGUUACAGCGAGCUUCGCUUCAAGACCCUGUUAAAGUCGAAGUUUCCACUAAAUAUCAAACUGUGGAGAAGCUACAGCAAUAUUACAUAUUCAUACCAGUGAAAUUUAAGGAUGUAUACCUGGUUCACAUCCUCAACGAGCUAGCGGGCAACUCAUUUAUAGUGUUCGUGUCUACAUGCGCAGGCGCACUGCGUGUGGCGCUGUUGUUGCGGGCGCUAGGUGUAGGAGCUGUGCCGCUACAUGGACAGAUGUCGCAACAGAAGAGAUUAGCCGCUCUUAAUAAAUUUAAAAGUAAAGCUCGCUCAGUACUGAUAUGUACUGAUGUCGCUUCCAGAGGUCUUGACAUCCCUCAUGUGGACGUGGUAAUCAAUUUGGACAUUCCUUUACACUCCAAGGAUUAUAUACAUCGUGUUGGAAGAACUGCGCGUGCGGGGAGAGCUGGAAAAGCUAUUACUUUUGUCUCACAGUACGACGUGGAGUUGUACCAGCGUAUAGAACAGCUGAUCGGCAAACAACUGCCGCUGUACAAGACGGACGAGAACGAGGUCAUGGUGCUGCAGGAGAGGGUCGCUGAGGCGCAGAGACUUACUAAGAUUGUUAGUUAUAUUAGAAUCAUAUACAUAUAUUGGAUAGUCAGUGACAUCACUGAUUACAUACACACCAGAAGAGGGUUGAUGUCAGGCAGGCGGCCGGUCGUCAAAACAAUUAGCCAAAACUAUUCACAACAUGAAAUGAAAGAAUUGGAAGACAAGAAAGGCUCCAAAGGAAAGAAACGCGGCGCUGACAGUGACGAUGAUACCGAGGAGGCGGCCGGAGUCAGGAGACGAAUCAAGGGGAAGAACAAACAUGGGGGGAAGAGGAAACGAUGA